CGUCUUCCCGUAGUCUCUUCAGCGAUCUGGCGCCCUUCCGACUCUCAAGCUUUUCACCCAAGAUUGGCUACUGGCUCUAUUCCCCGUAGGCAGCCAGCAAGGCAACCAGACGAGGAGAGUGUCGGAACGCAAUUGGAGCGGGAGUCGAGAGCGAGAGUUGCGUGGAGAGGGGGCGAGGAGGGUGUUCCUCGCGCGAGCCAACGUCGAGCGCGGCAGCAAACCUAUCCUGUUUGUAGAGGGCGCUACCGUCGCAGGAACAGGAACAGGGUAGGUCAGCGAAGAUGAUCGACGACGAAGGGCUGGGCAUGUUCGCCAACAUCCUGGGCAUCUUGAUCUUCCUUCUGGUGGUGGCCUACCACUACGUGGUGGCCGACCCCAAGUACGAUAAGUAAGCUGGAGGAAGAAGACGGAGAUGGAGAUGGAGAUGGAGAGGAAGGAAAUGACGAAAGGAGAUGGAGAUGGAGAUGGAGAGGAAGGAAAUGACGAAAGGAGAUGGAGAUGGAGAUGGAGAUGGAGAGGAAGGAAAUGGCGAAAGGAGGUGGAGAUGGAGGUGGAGAUGGAGAGGAAGGAAAUGGCGCGACCGUAAGCAACGCUGACGAUGAAGACGGAGAUGCAGAGAGGGAGAAGACGGAGAUGGCGCGAGUUUUUAGCCGUCAAGCACUGGAGGACAGGAAUUAGAACAACCAAGGGGAAGCGAAGGGCGUGUGAUUAUGAUCUGGGAAUCGUAUCGGGAUUGGAACAUGCGACUAGGGAUCUUAAUCUCCGACCUACUGGGGAGCCUAAUCUGCGAUAGCGGAGGGAGUUGUGAAACUGCAACCUGGGAUCUUAAGCUGCGACUGCCGAUCUUAAGCUGCGACUGCGGAUCUUACGCUGCGAUCUGGGAUCUUACGCGGCGACCUGGGAUCUUAAGCUGCUACCUGAGAUAAAGAGUUGCGACCUGGGAUCUUAAGUUGCGACCUGGGAUCUUAAGCUGCGACCUGGGAUCUUAAGCUAUACUGGAGAGUCACCCUCUUUUACUAUUUUGCCCUGUUGCCUGCUCUUUCUGCUCGGGGGAUUAUCUAGUACUUGCUGCAGACUGCUGCAGACGAACCUGGUCUCCGUUUGUGGUAGAGAAAAGGAAGGCUUCCGGCUUCCUUUCACUCGGGGUUUAAACCUUGGCCUUUUUAACUGAAGACUUCGGGCUUUUCCUUUCACUCGGGGUUUGAACCCCGCCCUUUUUAACGGUCGUCGGCGAAGAUGGAAAGUACAUGUCCAUGUCAUCGAAUUUCUGUCAUCCCAUUUGAUGCAAUCGGAUGAUUAAUGGAUUCUAUUUCCAUACCCUCACCCACACUCGCUCCCUCUCCUCCGCCCUCGGUCUUCCACCCCCCCCGCCUUCCCCCGUUUCCCCCCUGUCGUCCCCUUCGUCUCCUGCCUAUUGUUUAUUGUCUUGCCAUUCUGAAACAUCGCCGGUGGUUGUCGAUGAACGAUUAUGCUUUUCGCUUGCGCCUUCCACGUCGGUUGCUCAGCUCCUCGGGUGCCAAAAAAAAAAAAAGAAAAAAGAAAAAAGAAAAGAAGGUUCCUAUAGGGAGGAGAUGUAGCUGUGUACUGUUCACGCACAUAUUCUCCGAGUGCUUGACGGUGUCACGUUUUCGAGGGUCUUGCUAUUGAGUGGUUUUGGUGCUAGGCCUUGGAAUCUUGAGGAGGGAUGGCCGUUCGAUAUAUCUAGCAAUCUUGAGGAGGAGGGAUGGCGGCUCAUUGAUCGCUCGGUAGAUCGCUCGAUUAGGUGGUCGAUCGAUCGAUUGAUGGAUCGAUCAGUCGCUUGAUUGAUUGAUUGAUUGAUUGAUUGAUUGAUCAGAAGGGGAGGGCAACGAAGUAGCGGAGGGCGUGUCGAGGGCGAUUGAUUGAUUGAUUGGUUGGUUGGUUAAUUAGUUGGUCGGUAGGGGAAGAUAAAGAAGAAGCGGCGGGCGUGUCGAGGGGGUCUAGCUAUCGGAGAGAGAAGUGUUAUUUUUCUUCACCCAUUUAAGGAUUUUGCAGAUGUUUUUGGCCUCACUCAAUGUCUUUUUGUUUUAUAAAUGAACUACGCCAAUUCUU